UGGGUGUAUGGAAUGAGCUGCCAGAGGAGGUAGUUGUGACUGGGUCUAACCCAAUGUUUAGGAAACAGUUGGACAGGUGCACGGAUCGGACAGGUUUGGAGUGAUAUGGGCCAAACGUGGGCAGGUGGGGCAAGUAUAGCUGGGAUAUGUUGGGCAAGUUGGGCCGAAGGGCCUGUUGGUGAUAGGAUGGUUCAAUUACCUGCAAGUAAGUAAUCAUAUCAGUGUGCAUGUGAUCCAUAUCCCUCCAUUCACUGCUUAUCCAUGUGCCAAUUUUUUUUCCCAUGGUAUCUCCACAGAAUCCCACUGAGGAGGCACAAGUCGAUCCGGCAAAGGAUGAGGGAGAAAGGGAUGCUGUCGGAAUUCUGGGAGCACAACAAGUUGGAUCUGAUCCAAAGUGGCCACGCUCAACAAUGUUCCACACUGCAGACAUCGACUGAACCUCUUCUCAACUACAUGGAUACGCAGUACGCAGGGAUCAUUUCCAUCGGCACACCGCCACAGAACUUCACGGUCGUAUUUGACACCGGCUCAUCAAACCUGUGGGUGCCAUCCGUCUAUUGCUACAGUGCAGCCUGCAAGCAACACAACAAAUUUAUCCCAGAGAACUCCUCGACGUACAAGAGAGAUGGCCGCCCGUUCUCGAUCCACUAUGGUACGGGCAGCCUCUCCGGAGUUCUUGGAACGGACACAGUGAACGUUGAAGGUCUCUCCGUGGUGGGACAGCUAUUCGGUGAGAGCGUGACAGAGCCGGGCACCACCUUCGAGCAUUCCCCGUUCGAUGGCAUCCUUGGUCUGGCCUACCCAUCCAUCGCUGCAGCCGACGCCACUCCGGUGUUCGACAACAUGAUGGCACAAGGCCUGGUGGCCCUGCCCCUGUUCUCCGUCUUCCUUUCCAGGAACUCCAACGAUGAGUCAGGCAGCGAGAUCGUUUUUGGCGGGUUCGAUAUUUCUCAUUUCACCGGGGAACUCCACUGGGUUCCUGUAACCCACCAAGGAUACUGGCAAAUCCGGCUAGACGGUGUGGAGGUGGGGGGUGCCCUUGUGUUGUGUGAGGGUGGAUGUAAAGCCAUCGUAGACACGGGGACAUCACUCCUGACGGGCCCCACCAGCAGUAUCGCGGUGAUUCAGGACAGGAUCGGCGCGGUGACCAGCGGUGACGGGACGGCAGCCGUGGAUUGCAACCGUCUAGAUGCCAUGCCUGACAUCACCUUCAUCAUAGGAGGGGUCAAGUACAUUCUACCUCCAGAGGCGUACGUACUUCAGGAGGCCGCUGAAUGGGGACAAAUGUUCUGCACCAGUGGGUUCCAGGGCAUGGACAUCCCCCCUCCCGCUGGGCCCCUGUGGAUCCUCGGAGAUGUCUUCAUCGGCCAUUACUACGCUGUGUUCGAUAGAGGCAACAACAAAGUGGGGCUGGCCAAAUCUGUCCCGUGAUGUAUCUGUCCAUCCAUGCGCCAGGCAAAAGAUAAACUGGACAUGUAGCAACGUUGAAUAUUGUGGCAGUGAUUAUUGCGGCACUCAUAGUUCCCCGACCAUCUUCCACAGGCUGUGGAGGAAGGAACUCCAUCUUUUCCCCUCUCCCGUCGGGCAAGAGGUACAGAAGUGUGUAAAAGCAGUGAGGGGACUAUGUUGCACCAACCUCUAUUCUAAGGUAGACAAAAAUGCUGGAGAAACUCAGCGGGUGAGGCAGCAUCUAUGGAGGGAA